AUGCUGUCUAAGCUUGAUGAAGUCACAGUGGUCCUCGUUGUCGAUCUCAAUAAUUCCCCAUGGAUAAGAUCUGCCUCUCACUAUUCUUCCGUCUGGGGUCUGGAUCUGGUUGGUAGACCCAACAACAGCGAACGGUGCCUUGGCCAUGAUUUGUCUGGAUGCAGCUCUGGUCUCCUCAUCGUCGUGGUCGUAUUCUGGAGGGUUGAACAACUUGAUUCCUUGGUUAUUUAUGUCGUCCAAAAUUCUUUGCUUGAACUCUUGGAUCUCCUUCUCGGUGAGAGUGUCGGAUUUGGCAAUCACUGGAAUAAGGUUUACCUUUUCGUGAAUUUGCUUCAUGAAAGUGAUGUCCAAAGGCUUCAACGAGUGUCCGGUAGGCUCAAUAAAGUACAAGCAUGCGUGGACUCUGUUGUCGACAAUGGUGGACCGGUUGAUCUUGGUCUCAGCCUCCAAGUACUUGUCGAAUCUGGAGUUGACCUCGUCGACAAUAGGUUUCCAGGUAUCAGUAUUGUUGAUACCCUCGCCGAAUCCUGGACAGUCAAUAACGGUCAAGCUCAGCUUGACGUUGUUUUCCUCGAUAUCGGCGCUGACAGUCUCGACGGAAACCUUAACUGGUUCUUCUGGAUCAGGGAAAGAUGCUUUCGAGAAAGAGUCCACUGGGUACAAAUCCUUGUUGAAAAGAGUGUUUAUCAAAGUAGACUUACCCAAACUUCUCUCACCAACAACCAGCAGGUUCAAGCUGAAGCCUCUUCUGAUCGAUUUUCUGUGCCAUUGUUUUGGCAAGUUAGCGAAUCCAACGUAUCCGUUCAACUUGCGGCGGAUGACUUUGACUUCACUCUUUGGCACUGUGGAUUCGGUGGUUGGCUUUUCGACCUGUUCGGUCUCUUGAGGCGAAACGACGGUCUCUUCUGGUUCUAA